AUGGUGGGGACUGACCCAGGGAGACGGUGCUGCCAGCUCAGCAGACAGCAUCAGAGCCCACAAGACUGCGUCCCCUUCAGACGCCAGUUGCAAAUCCAGGUUGAUACUUGUGCUUCUGACCGUCCGAAUCAACAACUUCAGCCAGACCUCAUUCUCUGUCUUCUGGUUCAAUGGCCAAAGGAUCACCAAGUGGCCAGACUUAAUAUUUCAGAUGAUUUGAAGGUCGGCUUUUUCUGCACAGACCAUGCUACUCAAACAGAUCACAGUGAAAUUCUGCCGCUGAAAGAGUUGAGUUCAUCCACAGAAAAGCUCAUACGGAUUAUUAGAUCUCUUCAAGUGGAUUUUGGGUUCCUCAAACAAUUGCUUCAGUUGAAAUUUGAGGACCGUCUUAAAGAAGAGUCUUUCAGUCUCUUCACUACUCUACAUGACAGGAUCCUAACAAUUGAAAAACAUUAUCAAAAGAAUGAGGAGAUCAUAAGAAAAUGCUACAAUCAGCAGUUGGCUGAUGCCAUAGCUGCUGUCAAAGGAAUGUACAAGCAAUUCUUUGAGGUGGAAAAAGAGACUUUUGUGCGAGAAUCGACUACUGUCAAAAUGAGUAUUUUGUUAAAAAAACUGAAGGAUAGAGAAGAAAUUAUUAAGGAAUUACGAGAAGAACUAGACCAAUAUGAAGAGUCUAGACUUCAAAGACUUGACACUUUUGCCAAAGAGACGGCUCUAGAGAGGGAAAAUUUGGAGUACAAAGUGGCAAACGAGAGACUGAUUCAGAUCGUUUCAGAACUCGAAGAAGCAAUCCGACUCAAUCUAAAGGAAAAUUCAGUAUUAGAAGAUGAAAUUGUAAGUCUGAAAGAGAAGGCAGAAAAGAAUCAUCAAACUAUUCAAAAGCUAAUUGAUGGUAGAGACAAAUUACUACGUGAGCUUGAUUAUGAAAAAUCAUUAGUUCAAGAAAUGAUUAAUAAACAGAAGGAGGGCAUGGAAAUGAGGAAAAAGUUGGACAGCCCAGGCGGCAAGAGCCCGAAACUACUCAAGGUGAAAGAAACCGCUGUGUCCCCAUGGUCCUCACAGUCCAGGAUUCCAACCAAACCUAGAGUCAUUUCAAGGCCACACUCACCGUCUAUCAGUGUAGCGACUGCAAAGACCAAGAAAGUGAAGACUCCAAAGAAAUUCGGCAAGGAAGAGCAGCUGCCUGUGGUGAGGCACACAAAACCAGCUGCGGUUCACGAAGAAACGGAGAAAGUGUCAGUGGCUAAGGUUGAAGACACACGCAUUUUGGAGGAGCAAAUACAAGUCCUAAAGGCUCAUUUAGAAAAUGAGAGAAAGAAGACAGAAAGAUUUAAGAAAGAAUCAGAACAGAUAAACAAAAACUGGGAAAAGAAAUUCUACAUUCUCAGGAAUAGCUUUCAUGUCCUUAAAGAUGAGAUGUUUACUAGGCACACAUUGUUUCGUCAGUUCGCAGUGCUUGCUGAUACGUCCUUCAAUUAUAUUAAAUUAAAGCCUUUAUUUGUGCAGUCUAAAGGGAACCUGAUAACAAGUUCUAUGUCUUCUGGAAGUGAUCAUCCACCUUUGAUGGACAAGGACAUGGAUGUGGUCAGUGAUCAGAUAUUUUUUUCUCCUUUAUCAAAAGGGAGGUUGUCAGAAAUGCUGCAGGAAGAGCCUUUGGAGAAGCCAUCCAUACCCCAGAACACCCCAGUGAAUGAUAUGGAUGCUACUGAGUAAUGGGGAAGGGCACUGGGCUGCGCUGAGCGGGACCACGGAGCGGGCCCUCCCCAUCCCUGCGUAAGGCCUGCUUCCACCACGGGGGAGACUACCUCCUGGGCGGUUCUAACAUCGCCCUUC